AUGAAAGGUGUGGCCGCCUUUUGGAAGGUCGUUUUUUUCCUCGUAGACAAAUUGAGAGCGUUAGUGGACGUGGACCGCCGACGUACUGUGGUUGACAUUGCUACUGAAAUAGGAACAUCGUAUGGAACGAUGGAGCGUAUUUUGGAAAAUGAUCGUAAUAAAAAGAAAGUGGUAGCGAGAUGGGUACCCAGGCUUUUCUCAAGAGCAGAAAUGGAGAAAAGAAUGCAGCAUUCUAUGCGUUGUUUGAUCAUCUGUGCAGUAUUAGCCAUAUUUGCUGGCCAAGUAUUUGCUCAAGUUACCCAGCCAGAACCUAGGAAUGGAACUGCAAAGCCUCCAAUAGAAGAAAAGACCGUUGCACCGGGUGAAAAAUUUACGGGAAUUCCAACAGAAGGUGACAGAACAUCACCAGCUCCCUCUGGCGUCGAUCCAUCCCAUAAACCACCUACAGGGGAUCAUCCCGAACCCGACUCAGACAGAGAGGAAGCUGAAAAAGGAAAAAUGUGGAAGAAUCGUAUCGCCAAGUGGAAGAAAAUGCGAUUGAAUAAGAAAGUUCCAGAACAAGUGAAACCAGAAAUCAAGGAAGAUAAAAAGCCGGGACAAAAAACAAAGAAUAAGGCAAAAGGAUCAGGAGACAAGAAGAAAUUUGGUAAACCACGUCAGCCAUUCUUUGGAAAACGUAGAGGAACGGAAUAAAGACCUUUCCAUGAAGUCAUAUUUACAGGGAAAUGCCAAAAAUUGAUUUAAAAAUAAUAAUUUCGAAAAUGUGAAAUCCUUGUUUAAAAAAAAACUCAAACUGGAAAUCAGUAGUGAAAAU